CACCAUCGCAAACAUUCCUCCUCACCGGCUUUUUGUUGUUGAGCUUUGCUCUCUCUCUCUCUCUCUCUCUCUCUCUCUCUCUCCCUAUUCUAUUUGUCGAAUUCAUCCACCGCCGCCGCAACUUCCGCCCAUAUGUGAUCCACCGUUGUUUUGAUUGAGCUAUUUUAUUUCAUUUUUACUGUAAUUCUCCUUGUUUUACUUUCCUGGAUUGAGUUGCUUGCCGUUUCUGUAUCCGACUAAUGGCGAUUGAAGAGGACUUAGAGAGUUGUGGAAGUAGGCCAGUGGAGUCGUACUCUCAGGCGAAUCCUCGACACCAUAUGCAAAAGCUAGAGGUGUACAAUGAGGUGCUUAGGCGACUCCAGGAGUUCAAUUAUGAAGAGGCGAAUCUUCCUGGCUUCGAUGAUCAGCUUUGGCUCCAUUUCAAUCGAUUACCUGCGAGGUAUCUUGUUGCUAAUGCAUAGAUAUGCAUUGGAUGUGAAUGUGGAGAGAGCAGAAGACGUGCUUACUCAUAAAAGACUACUGCAGUUGGCAGAAGAUCCUGCUAAUCGACCUGCAUUUGAAGUUCGUCUUGUGCAGGUCUAUCCUGUCUCCAAUGGAAUGUCCACUGAAUCUAUUCAUUCAGACUGUUCAAUGAAAGAAGACGCACAAAGUUCUUACAUGGCAAUCAGACAGAGUGUCCAUCCACCACCUACAUUUGGCUCAUCACCUAAUCUCGAAGUACUUGCAUUUCAAGCCAAUAAAUAUAAUGUUGAAGAUGGAGACAGUGCUGUAAAUUCAGCAUCACUUCUUUCUCGGCCUAUGCACGAGAUCACUUUCUCAACAGUUGACAGGCCAAAACUCCUUAGCGAGUUGACCUUCUUACUUGCUGAGAUUGGAUUGAACAUUCAAGAAGCUCAUGCCUUUUCCACUGUUGAUGGGUUUUCUUUGGACGUGUUUGUUGUUGAUGGUUGGGCACGUGAGGAAACCGAGGAGCUUAAAAAUGCUCUGGAGAAGGAAAUCUUAAAGUUUAAGGAGCAGAGUUGUUCAAAACAAGCUUCUAUUUCAGCUGCAAGCAAGCAGAAUGAAACAAGGAUUGAAUCUAUUCCUGACUGCGUAGAAAUACCUAGCGAUGGAACUGAUGUUUGGGAAAUUGAUACAGAUCAUUUAAAAUUUGAAAAUAAAGUUGCGUCCGGAUCAUAUGGUGAUUUGUACAGAGGCACAUAUUGUAGUCAGGAAGUUGCCAUCAAAAUCCUCAAGCCUGAGCGUGUCAGUGCAGAAAUGCUUAGAGAGUUCUCUCAAGAAGUUUAUAUAAUGAGGAAAAUUCGGCAUAAGAAUGUUGUACAAUUUAUAGGUGCAUGCACCCGACCUCCAAACUUGUGUAUUGUGACUGAGUUCAUGGCUAGAGGAAGUAUAUAUGAUUUUCUUCAUAAACAGAAGGGUGUAUUUAAGCUUUCAUCCUUAAUCAAAGUAGCAACUGAUGUGUCCAGGGGAAUGAAUUACCUUCACCAAAAUAAUAUAAUUCACAGAGACCUGAAAACUGCCAAUCUUCUGAUGGAUGAAAAUGAAGUUGUUAAGGUCGCUGAUUUUGGGGUUGCCAGAGUGCAAACUCAAUCUGGAGUAAUGACAGCUGAAACCGGAACAUACCGUUGGAUGGCUCCUGAGGUGAUUGAACACAAACCAUAUGAUUACAAGGCAGAUGUGUUCAGCUUUGCAAUAGUAUUAUGGGAACUUCUAACAGGAGAACUUCCUUACUCAUAUUUGACUCCUUUACAAGCAGCAGUGGGCGUGGUGCAAAAGGGUCUGCGGCCUACUAUCCCCAAGAAUGCUCAUCCAAAACUUGCAGAACUGCUAGAAAGAUGCUGGCGGCAAGAUCCAAGUCAGAGACCCAACUUCUCUGAAAUUAUAGAUAUCCUUAAGCAAAUAGCCAAAGAGGUAACUAAUGAUAAGGAAGAGCGACGCAGGGACAAAUCAUCAGCCGGCUUUUUUUCAGCACUGAUAAGGGGUCACCAUUAAGUUGGGAGAAAGAAGUUUAGCUGUUAAUAAUGCAUCCAUGUGCCAGCAAUUUUCCUCCUUGUAUUGGGCAAUCGCUUUUCUCCAUGUCGUUUAAGCUGUGUUUUUCCCCUUCUCUUUGAUGCAAGUAUGAUUUUCUAUGUUUUCGGUUCAUGAAUUUUUCCUUUUUC